AUGGAAGAAAACCAAACAAUUUCCAGCAUUCUUAUGCUCCCAUGGCUUGCUCAUGGGCAUGUCUCCCCUUACUUAGAACUUGCCAGGAAACUGACCGCCAGAAACUUCAACAUCUAUUUGUGCUCUACCCCCAUUAACCUCAGUUCAAUCAGGUCAAAAAUAAGCCCAAAGUUUGGUAAAUCAAUCCAACUCAUUGAACUCAAUCUCCCCACAUUGCCUAACCUUCCCCCUCAGUACCACACCACUAAUGGUCUCCCUCCACAUCUCAUGGUCACUCUCAAGGAGGCUUUUGAGAUGGCUAGUCCUAACUUCUGCAAGAUCCUGAGGACUCUAAUGCCCGACUUGCUCAUAUAUGAUCUUCUUCAGCCGUGGGCUCCAGAGGCUGCAUCAUAUUAUAAUAUCCCUGCCGUUGAGUUUAUUACUUGUAGCGCGACCAUGACUUCGUGCAUGCUGCAUUUCUUCCGGACUCCAGGUAUCCAAUUCCCUUAUUCUUCCACGAUUUUUUUUCGCGAUUAUGAGUCUGCUAUAGCUAACAAGUUGCUUGAGCGCGAUGAAGAUGCAAAUAGAGUGGCUCAAUGCAUCGAACGAUCUUCUAAAAUCCUUCUAAUCAAGAGUUUUAAGGAGAUUGAAGGUAAAUAUAACGAUUACGUUUCUUGCUUAUCUGGCAAGAAAGUAGUUCCUGUUGGCCCUCUUGUUCAAGACCCCGUACAUGACAAUGAAGAUUUGACAAUUAUGGAAUGGCUGAACACAAAAGGAAAGUAUUCAACAGUUUUUGUUUCUUUUGGCAGCGAAUAUUUUCUGUCCAAGGGAGAUUUGGAAGGCGUUGCCCAUGGUUUAGAGCUUAGCAGUGUUAACUUUGUAUGGGUUGUUAGGUUUCCAAAGGGAGAGAAUAUUAUAGUCGAAGAAGCCUUGCCAAAAGGCUUUCUCAAGAGGGUUGGGGAGAGGGGAAAAAUUGUGAAUGGCUGGGCACCCCAAGCAAAAAUAUUGAACCAUUCUAGCAUUGGAGGUUUUGUGAGUCAUUGUGGUUGGAAUUCAGUUUUGGAGGGCAUGAGAUUUGGGGUUCCAAUCAUAGCCGUGCCUAUGCACCUUGACCAACCGGUUAAUGCUCGGUUACUUCAAGAGGUUGGAGCAGGUAUGGAGGUUGUCCGAGGAUCAACUGGGAAGAUUCAUGGGGAAAACAUGGCUGAAAUAAUCAACCAGGUGGUGAAGGGGCCAAGAGGAGAACCCGUGAGGAAGAAGGCAAGAGAUUUGCGAGAGAAACUUGAAUUAAAAGGAGAUGAAGAGAUUGAUGAGGUGGUGAAGGAGUUGGUCCAACUCUGUUUGACGGAGGACAAGAACAACGGUCUGCACUAG